AUGUUGUCUUUAGUUUUCUGCCUUGCCCUUAUUAGUUGUGUUGUAACAGCACCAACUAUAAAAUCCUUAGAAGAAAUAAGGAUAGUUGGUGGUGAAGAUAUUGAAAUCAAAGAUGCACCGUAUCAAGUGUCUCUGCUCAGCAGAGGAACACAUGCAUGUGGCGGUGCUAUCGUUGCCAGAGAUAUUAUCGUAACAGCAGCACAUUGUGUUAAAGGUGCACGUCCAAGCCAGUAUCAAGUUCGCGUUGGAUCAUCAUAUAGUGGAAAAGGUGGUAAACUAUAUCCAGUAGGAGAUCUAAUUUGGCACCCUGCCUUUGACUUUUAUAAGAUGGACUCUGAUAUAGCCUUAUUAUGGUUAUCAGAGCCAUUGAAAUUUAGUGAAGAAGUAGCUCCUAUUGCAAUGGCAGAUGAAGGUGAAGAAAUUACAGAUGGUGAAGAGACUGUUGUUACUGGGUGGGGACAUAUCACGGAAAGCGGUGGUUUACGAUCAAUGUUACAAAUGGUUGCAGUGCCAAAAGUGAACGAAAAGCUGUGCAUUGAUGCAUACAAGCCAGCCUAUAAAAUUACUAACAAGAUGCUUUGUGCAGGAGUACCUGAAGGUGGAAAGGACGCUUGUCAGGGUGACAGCGGUGGUCCUUUGGUCCAUAACAACAAAUUAGCUGGAGUCGUAUCUUGGGGAUUGGGUUGCGCAAGACCUGAUUAUCCAGGAGUAUACGCCAAGGUGUCAGCUUUAAGGAGAUGGGUUGACAGUAACAUUAGCUUCUUAAGGAUCAGGCAUUUGUUAAGAGUACCUGUUUAA